GCUGCUGCUUUGGUGAACAGACCGAAGAUGGCGACGGCCCCGCUGUACUGCGUUUGCCGGCAGCCGUACGAUGUGAGCCGGUUUAUGAUAGAAUGCGACAUUUGUAAGGAUUGGUUUCACGGCAGCUGUGUUCGUGUUGAAGAGCACCAUGCAGUGGACAUUGAUGUCUAUCACUGUCCCAACUGUGAAGUCCCACAUGGCCCCUCUCUAAUGAAACAGAGAAAGAACUGGCACAGACAUGACUACACAGAGCCAGACGACGGCAGUAAGCCAGUGCAGGCUGGCACUUUCGUGUUUGUGCAGGAGCUACAGAACAGGACCUUCGCCAGUGGGGAUGAGCUUCUGGUGCGGAUGCAGGGAAGUCAGGUGACCCAGCGCUAUCUGGAGAGACAUGGCUUCCGCUACCCCAUCGCCGUGGCCCAAUUAGACGGACUCGGCCUCCGCCUUCCUCCUUCAGAUUUCUCCGUCAAGGAUGUAGAAAGAUAUGUUGGUGGAGAUAAAGUGAUCGACGUCAUCGAUGUGGCUCGUCAGGCUGACAGCAAGAUGAAACUCAAAGAGUUUGUCAAGUAUUACUACAGUCCUCAGCGACCGAAGGUGCUCAAUGUCAUUAGCCUCGAGUUUUCAGACACCAAGAUGUCAGAGCUUGUGGUGGUGCCAGACAUCGCACAGAAGAUGUCCUGGGUGGAGAACUACUGGCCUGAUGACUCGUAUUUCCCCAAACCCUUCGUGCAGAAGUACUGUUUGAUGGGUGUGAAGAACAGCUACACUGACUUCCACAUUGACUUUGGGGGCACGUCAGUGUGGUACCAUGUGCUUUGGGGGGAGAAGAUUUUUUACUUGAUUAAGCCAACUCCGACCAACCUUGCGCUGUACGAAGAGUGGAGCUCAUCUCCUAACCAGAGUGAAGUGUUCUUCGGGGAAAAAGUGGACACGUGCUACAAGUGUGUCGUUCGGCAGGGAACUACCCUUUUCAUCCCAACCGGAUGGAUCCAUGCAGUUCUGACCUCUCAGGAUUGCAUGGCAUUUGGAGGGAACUUCCUGCACAACCUUAACAUCGGCAUGCAGCUCAGGUGUUAUGAGAUGGAGCGGCGACUAAAGACUCCCGAGCUCUUUAAGUUCCCUUAUUUUGAGGCCAUCUGCUGGUAUGUGGCCAAGAACCUGCUGGAGGCUCUCAAAGAACUGCGAGAAGAUAACUGUCUUCCUCCUGACUACCUGGCGAAGGGAGUGAAAGCUUUAAUUACCGCUCUGAAGAACUGGCUAAGGAGAGAGGUCACAGAGCCAGCCAGCGAGGUUCCUGACCAUAUCAGACCCAACCAUCUCAUUAAGGAGCUCACCAAGGAAAUCCGCCAUUUAGAGGACGAUCAGAAUGGGAGCGGUGGAUCCAAGCCAGUAAAAACUCAGGAAAGCUUAACAUGUCCGUCUACAAGGUCAUCACACGAACGAACAUUCCAGGCCCGGAGCAACGCAAGACGACUUCGACAUCACCACCAUCAUCAUCAUCAUCAUCAUCAUCACACACCCAAGGCUCCUUCUAACCUGGACAUUUUUGAGCAGCACACUCAAGAAGUUCUGAAGAGGCUGGAAAUUGAACCAUUUGAAGAGGACGACUCCUCCUUUGGCCUGAAGGCGAAUUCAAAGUUUAAUAAAGUUUCCACAGCCUCCACUGCAGCAGCCGAGAGAAACCUGGAUAAUCACCUGCAUCUGGUUCUGUGCAAUGGACGCAUCAUAAAAGAUGAGCGGUGGCAUGUCAGAGAAAAGAACAUGGCAGAGCAUGAGGGUGUCGAUGAGCAGAAGAGAUACACAGUAAAGGUGAAGAUGGAGGUGAAAGAAGAGGUGCUGGAUAAACAAAGAUUUACAGCAGGACAUAGGAAGCUGUCUGUCAUUAGAGAGAUUUGUAAGCAGGAAAGCCGGGAUCUCAGAGAUGAUGAAUCGGGUGUUUCAUCAGACUCUGAGUCCGAGGGACAUGGUUUUAAAACGAAAAAGCUCCAGUCUUCUGAUGAAGACUCUGAGAGCUCAUCAAAGGAGGAAGAGGAGGAGGAAGUGGUGAGGAAGAAGAGUGUUUUAAUCAAGAAUGAGACUGAGUGCAGUUCUAGCAGCCCAACAAAUUCCAGCUCCAUCAGCCAGCAACACGAGCACAGCGACAAAAAUCUGAAAAGAGACCUUUCUAGCUCACCAAGUGCAGAGGAGGAUGCUAUAGCGGGCAUGCUGUCUAUGGCAGGGCUGUUGUACCCUCACCAGUCAGAGGAGGGUGCCAACUCCCAGGAGUCCUGGUGGUCCUGCACCACCCAUCCUUCACCUGACUACAAUGGGAAGGAGCCUGUUUCAGGAGAGGAGAACCCUGAUUCUGACAGCAACUCCACAAUCAGCCAGGAGGAGUGGCGUGUGCGGAAGCAGCAGCGGAGGGAGAGCCAGAGCCUCAUGGACAGUCAGGGCAGCUGCAGCAGCAGUGAAGCCUGGGGCAGCCACACACACUCACCAGAGCGUGAGGACAGUCUCCCAUCUGGCUAUCAGUACUGUGAGACCUCUCUGUCCCCGCCCCUGCACCCCUCAAAGAGGCCUGCUCCCAACCCCCCACCAAUCAGCAACCAGGCCACCAAAGGGAAACGUCCCAAGAAAGGCAUGGCCACAGCCAAACAAAGACUGGGGAAGAUUCUCAAGCUCAGCAGGCAUAAAUCAUUCUUCGUGUAGUACCCGAAAGCAGCAGCAUCUCCUCCUCCUGCGUGUGUGUGUGUGUUCCGGACAGAUGGAGCUCUUCUGUCACACACUCUUGCUGUGUGUCUGUUAGGUGACAGGGUAUUUAAAGAGCACACUUCUACACACUGAAUCCACCAGAAAGAAGCACAUUAGUGGGGCUACUGCACACAGCCAUCUACUGGCAGCAGAGAAUAUGACACUUCAUUUGAUUUCAGCAGAGUUUGCAGUUGUAAAUCUGACGGGGAAAAACAUCUCACAUUUUAAGACAUAGGAAAAUCUACAUGGAGAAGAGUUCAGGAUAAACCUCUGCAUUUUAAGAUUUACUGCCAUCUCUCUGGUCAUGCAGCGCCACAGAGAAGUUGGAAGUGUUCUCCAGCAACGUACAUCACACUAUUCAACUGCCUCUUGCUCUUAAAAACGACUUCUCGGAUGUUCGUUGCAAAUAUGUGGAAUUUAAAACAAGCCGAUUGCAUUAGAGUGAUGAAAUGAUUUCCUGAAAUGGUGCUUGACCUGCCAAUCAAAUCUCAGUGUAAAGAAAGAUACGAUAAAUCCACUUUCUUAUCUUUCUCAUUUCAUUUUCUGCUCAAGAAAUAAACUACCAGUAAACUUCCAGGAGGACUUGGCUGUACCACCUGCUCCUUCAUUCUCAAAGCUGGAGAGAGGAGGGCUUUAAUCAGCGGAUCAUUUUCAGCAGAUCAAUUUUUUAAACAUUUUAGAGGCCUCAAAAAAAAUAAAAAGAGAGAGAAAGAGUUGUUUCGUCAGCAUUACCACCAUUUUUACAUCCACAUUUUUACUCAAAUGACCACAUUUUUGAACAGUCAAGCAUUUCUUCAGUUCUCCGGCACCACCUAGUGGUGGGAGAGUGCAUGUACUGUGGAAUUUAUUCGAGAGGAGCUGAACAAGAAGACAAACAUUUUUAAUUUAUUCCAUUUUUAAAAUAAUUUUGGUGCUUGUUUUUAUUUGUUCUUGUUGUUUUUUGUAUUCACAAUGCUUGUUGUUUAAAUUUGUGUAUUUAUUACUGUUUAUUUUAUUUGAAUAUGAAUGGUUGUUUUUGUUUGCUAUUGUUUCAUUUUGUUUGAUGGAUUUGCUUGUUACACAGUAUGAAUACGCUGACCAAGAUGAGGAGCUUUGUUUGACACACUGCAAAACAUAUUAGAUCAUAUUAGAUAGUUUCUUCAUUUUUGCAUGUACUUCAAGUACAUAUAAUGUAUUACAGUCUUAAAGAUGACCUCAAUUGUAGCAUAAAGUUUUUAUUUUUUUAAUGGGAGAUAACAAUGAGCCAAAACAUUAUGGCCAUCCACCUUAUAUGCCUUUAGACUAAUGCAUGCAGCCAAAACAAUAGUUUGGCAGUGGACAAGGGCUUGCUUUGGUACUCUGAACCGCCUGUUGCUACACAGUCCCAUAAGCAUGUAAGCUUCUGUGAGCCUGGCAACCUGUCAUCAGUCCUCUGAACACCGUAGAUAGGUAAACACCACUGCUAACCACAAGCUGCCCCACAGAAGUCUGACCAUUUUAACCCUCUGUGGCAUGAGUUUUAUUAUAACUGAAUAAUAAGCACUGCUAAGUCCUGAGUCAACAAAUUAAAACACUUUGAAAACGUAAAUUAAAACAAAAAAAAAUUAAUACCUCAAUAUAUUUCUUUACAUAUUGUUGCUCAUAUACAUGUUUUAUUUUUCGUAAAUGUCUUUAAAGUGAAACAUGUUAAAACACUAUAUUUUUCUUAUCAAUUACUAGUAUUGCAUCCCAUGUGGCUUUGGUUGCAAAAAAAAAAGAUUAUUCCACCUCCAAAGAGAAUGUCCAAAUUCUUCUCUUUAUUUUAUUUAAUGGAGGUGUGUCUUGUGACAUAUAAAAUAAGAUAAAAUAAACAUAAACAAGGAUUAAAGGGAUUGAAUAAUCAACAAAAAAAAGUUGUUUGUUGCCAUAGAGGGUUAAAGUCAUUUGAAGUCAUUCCAACACAGUCUAACCCAGUACAAGUUAACAAAAGUUCCUCAAGUCUUCACACCUUGUCUAGCACAUGCCUAGAACCAGGAUUGAACACUAUUCAUUUGAGUGAUGUGGUCAUAAUGUUUUGGCUCCUUUUGGGACACAGUAAGCUCUUCCCCUACCUUCCCCCAUUACAGAACUAACGUGGACAGUGGUUUAGUGUCGAGAAGUGUUAACAUUGCUGAUAUAUAUUGAUUGUGGCAACUGCUUUCUACUUGUUUUAUUGAUCAAUUUGGGAUUAGUUCUCACAGCAAUGUCCUUUUCACCACCAACACCACCACCAACGAAUAUAAGCUUCUCCUCAAGUCUCCUCAAGCUCGAAUGAAUUGAAACACUGUCUGUCUGUCUGAAUUGGUGCUGAGUGUUGUAAAAUAAUGAGAGGAAUAAUUGUUUUUCCAAGAAUGUUUGGUAUAUUAAUGGGGCUGUUUUUUUUUUGUGUUGAAUUGAAUUUGGCUAUGGCUGGUGUUUUUACAAAGAAUUGAAAGAGUAUUUAUUUUUCUAAGACGAGUCUUAAUCCGUGUAGAGAAAAGUUUUGCAACUGCACCGACAAAGUGUACAUUUGUGUGUGGGUUCCAUUUUUCUUGAAUUAUAGCUAUGACUUUGUUGUGUGAGACACAAUUAGACCCUGUAUGUGUGAGUGUGUGUGUGUGUGUGUGUGUGUAAUUUGACAGAAUUUGCUCGGGUUCUGUUUAGUCUGAACAACCUCAGGUAAUUGUCAGGCCAGAGCUCAUUGAUUUGGUCCCUUUUGAAAUGCCAAAUAAUGUUACGAUAUUCAUUUUGAGGUUCGAGUCCAUUCACUUUAAUUGUGGUGUCCCUCAGGGAUCUGUGCUGGGCCCUGAAAGCAUCACCAGCAGCAAAUGAAAUGAGCCGGUUUUGUAUUUCUGUUUUUGUUUUAUUUUGUUUUGUUUGCAUUCAGGUUAAUACAGGUUACAGUCUUCCCAUUCACGUUGUUUCAGAAUCAGAGAACUCUUCGGGGUCUGAGGUCAGUUCAGGUUAGUAUUUUUCCACAUGCUUUGUUAGGAAACUAAAAACAGUGUCUUCUUCAGGCAAUAAAAGUCUCUCCUCCAGGCUUCCAGAAAUCACAUUUUCCACUUCCCUACUGAACUCACUUCACAGCUUAAUGAGGUACAGUGAAAAAUGCUCAGGGCUCAUUUGACUGUUUAAAAAAAAAAAAAAAACUUUUGAUAUUCUGUUAUUUAUAUGGACUUGGAACUGCAGGAAAACAAACAUUAUUUAAUUUGGAAGACUGUUCAACAGGUUCAGGGUUAGAUUUGACGUUCUGACGAUUUUGUUUGGUGUGUUUGUAUGAAGUUUGCCUGGUGAGGUUUAAUGUGCUUGCACUAAUUUAUCUCCAUACAGCUUUGGUGUUAUCUUCUAAACAAAGGAAAGAGUUUCUCCACCCCAUCCCCACCACUGCAGAGUGCUUGUCUUUGUCUCAACACCCCUUCCUAUAAUAGUCCUGAACCUGUUUGACUGCAUCCUGAAGAGCAGCCUCAACCACCUCAGAUAUAAAACCCAGGACUCGCAGGGUUGUCCAGAAUGGUGUCGAAUUCCAGUUGCAUCAAAACCUGCCUGGGGCUUUAACUUCAUGUCCUUCAUAACAUCCUCCACCCUCACCCUCACCCUGAUUUUAUUAUGGUGCUAUAUCUAUAUUGUCUGACAUAUAUGUAUAUGCAGGCUAAAGUGCAUAUCAUGCAUAUGUAUUUUGGGAUGAUGUUUUGUUUGAUUAAGGGGUGUGUAUCAGCCAACUUCUACAUAAAUCCUGCACUAAACAAGCUCUGCCUACAUAAUUAUGUAGCUGUAACACACACACACAUACACACACACACACACACUACUUUGCUCCACAUUGGUAAACAUCUCUGCAAACUUUCAUAACAUGUCAUAACAAUGUUACUGGCCUGCAGGCAGGGCUUGUAUCAUGCAGUACUUUAACUUGUACAGUAUUUAUUUGGCAUUCUCUGUUCUCUUUUUUUUUUUUUUUUUUUUCCUUUCUUGCUGUCAGUUUUACACCAAAUGGAAGUGUUGUUGGUCAUAGUGUGUACUUCCCUAGAUUUGAUGCUCUGAAUUAUGAAUGUUUGUUUUUUCUUUACCUUAUUCUGUGCCAGAUAUUUCUCGUCACACUGUUACAAAUUGCAUUGGAUCUUUUGAAUAGGAGAUUUCAGCUGUACAAUGCGGCCUGUACAUAUUAAAAGAUUUAUGAGUGAACAAA